UCAGUGGAACUGUAGAAGCAGCGCGCGAUAGAUUCACUCUUCACCGCAGCGCUCGCUGAAACACACACACACACACACUCUCUCUCUCUCUCUCUCUCUCUCUCUCUCUCUCUCUGACAUCAUGCCUCGAACACACACUCCGGCAGCUCGGGCAGCGAGCGGAGCAGAUGAACACACCACACACGGUCCACACGUGGCGCAGAGCCGUCACUGAGACACGGACCAGACUCUUACAUCAGGACUUCAGGGGAGAUAAAGGGAUUAGCUUUGUCUCUUCUGGAGGAAAAAAGAAGGGAAAGAAGAGGAGAAGGCAGUUCCAUCAGACGGAUAACGUGCCGAUGAUGGAGGGAUGAUGAAGAGAUGAUGGGAAUCUCCCAGUCUUCUACAGCACACUCGGGAUUUUAACCUGAACGAGACGCAGCGCAGCCAGACAUCUGCAGGAACUCCACUUGUUUUACUCAGUGUGUGUGUGUGUGUGUGUGUGUGUGUGUGUAUACAUGUUCCCACAUGGCGUGCUACUACAUCGUGAUCAGCUCCACACACCUCAGCAACGGACACUUCCGCAACAUCAAAGGAGUUUUCAGAGGACCGCUGUGCAGAAACGGCAACUUGGAUUAUGCGGAAAAAGAGAAAACCUUGGCUAAAGCUCUGGAGGAUCUGAAGGCUAAUUUCUACUGCCAGCUGUGUGAUAAACAGUACUACAAACAUCAGGAGUUUGACAAUCACAUUAACUCAUAUGACCAUGCACACAAACAGAGGCUGAAGGAGCUGAAACAGAGGGAAUUUGCCCGCAAUGUGGCCUCCAAAUUAAGGAAGGAUGAACAGAAGCAGGAACGAGCGCUUCAGCGCCUACACAAAUUGGCCGAACAGAGGAGAGAGGUUCAGUGUAGUGCUCCUGGAAGUGGCCCGAUGUUUAAAUCCACCACCGUGGCAGUGGAAAGUUUCAAUAAGUCGUGCUUCAUGGAUAAGGAGGAAAACCCGAACAUUGCAGAACAGGAGACAGAAUCUCAAAUCCCAUGGCCAUAUCGAGGAAAAGCAAAGAAACAAACUCUUCGUCGCAAGAUCGCAUUCUCCCUUUCCUUUCCAAAGAGAGCCUCACUGAAGCUGGAAUCUUCAGCUGCAGUCUUUUGUGAGAGUACCGAGGAGAAGAAGAUGAUUAAAUAUGAUACAGAGAUGAUGACACAUCAAAAGAGUUCCACCAAAAGUUCUCUGAAUGAUGCAAUGCCUGCCUCAGAUCUGUGUGCAUUCCUCGUUUACUCAGAGAACAGAUCAGUGUCUCCAAUUAGCCACUUUCCAACUGUUCCUGAAAGCUCGAAUCUCAGUUUGGACUCAGAGGAAAGCAAUAUAGCUGAAAAUAAAGAAGACACUAGUCAGGAAGAGAGCACCAUAAGUGAUGGUCCUAAACCAACAUCAUGUGAUGUCAAUUCAUUUCAAAACCAAGAAAAAGACAAUGUUUGUCUCAGAAGACCAAGCCAACCUUUCAUCUCUGUUGUGGCUCGAGAUAGUAAAACUAUCUUUCAAUGGCCUUCGGAAAUGGUGUGUUUCACAAAAACAGAGCCCUCCAUCUCAUUCAGCUGUAACCCUCUCCAUUUUGACUUCAGAGGUUCCCAGUUUAGGAAGUCUCCUGAUGACUUUCACAACAAAAAUCACCAAGAACUGUCUUUCGUUUCUGCAAAAAGCUCCAAAAUGUCCUCCUCUUCCUGCGAGAUCUCCACAGAGGAAGUCACAUGUAGAUUGGAAAAAAAUAUCCGAAAGUGCCACCUGUAUAGCGGCGAUUCACGGAGCAAAUACAAGCGUUUGAAAAAUUGGGCUCAGAGUGGUAAGAGAGCAGAGAACAAGUUGCAAGGCAGAGAUCGACGCCAUUACAGGAGUCAGCACAAAAAGAGGCACAAGAGAAGACGUAGGUGGGAGGAGGAGGAUUACAGUGAGCCAGAGCAGAGUGCAAACAUGAAAAAAUGGACUAAACUCCACAAACGAGAAGGAUUUGAAAGCCAAUUUAAAGGCUGUGCUGCACAGCAAGAACAGCCAUUAGAGAAGUCAAAGCAAUCAGCUCAGAAUCAGGCAGAGAAUAACAGCGUUGUUUCCUCAGCAGGAGGCUCUGUCGAAGCUGAAAAGGUACUUGAUAACAGUGGGGGAACGGUAGACGUUCCUGCUUUAGGGCAGACAACGAUCACACGAAAUGACUCGCACAAUCUCAGUGUGAUUCCUUCUGAUCGUGAAACAUCAGUCUCAGAUCUCAGCAGCCAAACUAUACCAAAGAAACGACAAAGUGACUCCCAGAGUAAAGAGGAUAAUGUUUGGUCACAUCAUACACAGUGUGCCGUGAUUAAGGAGCUAGACAGAAAAGAGGAUGUUUUGUGUCAUGAACGGAAAAGACAAAAAUUGGACCAAAGUCCUACCACACAUCUUAAUGAUGAACAUUCUCUUUUUGUUUUAAAUGGUUCAGAGGGAAUCAUGGACGUGGAAUCAACAUGGAAUAUUCUCCGUUUAAAAGAUCCAGACACGUGUGAUCCUGAAGGAGACAAUGCAGGAGGUAAAACAUCCGUUGUUAAAAAGCCCACUUCCACCUCUGAGAUAAAUUCUCAGGCUAUACCUGAGCAAGAUCUACAGCCUAAAGACAUAAAUCAUCUUCCUACAGUCCAAGAUGGUGACUCAGCAACAGAACGCAUAUCUGAAAAUGAGUGUAUGAAGUGUGCCAUCACAUCCCAAGUCAAAGAAAAAGAGAAAGUCAGCCAUGAUAAAUCCUGCCAGCACACUCCACUGUUGCCAGACUUUCAAGUCCUGGAUGAGGAAAGACACAACUGUGCAAUUCGGAGUCCAUUCAACCCAAUGCUGUGCUUUACAUCUCAGCUCAGUGGUGUGGAGAGGCAUGGCCUUCUUUCCGGCCACACCCACAAACAGGUUCUGCAUAAGAAAGUGUUUUCGGCUAAGUUAAGAUCUACACUUCCCAUCUCCUCUCCUAUCCUUCACCCUGUUCAUGUACCAUCUGCCAUUCCAUCCGGUUCUGUCACUAUCUUCCAGCAUCACUCUACAUUCCUGCCCGCUCAGCCUUCCCUCUUUACCCAGGUCGUACCUGUUACACGGCUUCCGUUAGCCCCUGAAAUCACACCCUUCAUACCCUCAUCUCAAGUUUCAAUGGUGGCUCCACCCACUAUCCACACAACAGCCGUAACAUUCCAUACUUUACCCCGUCCCCAAGUUUUUCGCCCACUCCUGCACCCCCCUGCUCCUUUUCCACCCUUACUGACCCCUCACACCACUGUCAUCCCCCUUCAGCCUCUCUUCUGAAAUUACUAAAACUUGGUAAAAUAGUUAUAGUGGUAAAAUGUUAUAAAGUACACUCUGAAAUUACACUACAAAACAGUAAUAUACAUAAAUAUGCCAUUGGGGAGUAAACUAUUGUCUAUGCCAUUUUCUUUUAACAGAUGUGUUUGUGUCUAGGGUAGAACAUUACAGAUGUUAGAGACUUUUAUUAAAAUAAUUUAGCAAUCGGUCAGGUAAAUGACAAUUAUUUCUUACCGAUGAGCCAUGACACUCAACGACAAGCAGCACCAAUUUGUUUAGAUGUCAUUUAAAUCUUAAAACAUUAAUUUUUUUUAGGACAGAGAGCUCUCAGCUGUACACAAAAAUUAAAGAAAAACUCUAGCAUGAAUGACAUAUUAAUCAUUGUGAUACAUUUUUUUCAUAAUUACCCAAAAUGCCAUUCAAAUCUACGCUGAUGGUGGUGAUAUUUAUCCAUUGCUACACUGCAAAGCAGUGCAGUAGGGCUUAAUCCUUUAGUGUGUUCAGCUCUCUCACAUCCACAUCUGUACACACUACUCAAACAGAUCAGUUUACAAAGCUUCAACCUUCAUUCUAAUACCUCUUUCAAUGGCAUUGUCAUCUCGUAGAUAACUAGCUGAGCCAAGUCUUCAUGUACCUGGGUCAGUGGUCAUAGCAACAUCAGUAGAGAUAAGCUGAAAUACCAAUUUGUGUAUUGUGGGCCAUGUAAAAUAUUCUUUAGCUAGUAUUUUUAACAUAUUUAUCUGAAAUUUAAAGUCCCACAUAGCACAGGAUAACAAGAAUGCCUCUAGACAUGCACUAAAAAACAAAAGGAAGCAGACGUGAAUUAUGAAAUUGUGCCAUCAGUUGUACAAACAUGAUGCAUAUUAUAUUUAUUUAACCAACAUUGACCUCAACUGCAGUUCUACGGCAAAAGAAAAAGCACAAAGGGUUAAAACUAGUUACUUCUUUAAGACUGUUGAAAAUGUAGGAAAGUGUUCAAUUUCUUAACUUAAAAUCAUUUCAAGAUUAUAGCCACGCUAAAUGAAUGUGGCUAAUUCCCAAAUAGCAAAAUUAAUAAUUAAUUAAUUAAUUUUAGUCAAAUAACUUGUACAUAUAUAUACACACUUAAAAAGUCACAGUAUAAAAACAAACUAGAAAAUAUGUUAAUAGUAUAAAUAGCAAGCUGAGUGGCUAAUUAGGAGUUGAGACAUGCUAUAUGCUAAAGCCUGACAGAGCGCAAAAGGACUUCUGUCCCCACUGAUCUGUCCAUAAUUUAUGAGAUAUUUAUACAAGAAUAUCAGAUUGGCUCAUGAUGUAAUAUAUACGAUAGAAGCCAAUAUGAAAUAAUUAGCUACAUGCAUCUCCCUACUCCCUAUAUAAAUGCACUACUUAUGGUAUAAAUUAGCAAGCUUUUGUCUCCUUCUAGGGAGCAUAAAGCAGGUUGGGAUUAAGCCAGUUAUAAAACCAACUGUGAUUUCAGUAGAUAUGUCUUGAUAGAAGUUGCGAGAAUGGUUAGAAUUUGUUGUUUGUGUUUAUUUUGAUGUAUAAAUUAUUUAAAUAAAAAGAUCAGAGUGGUUAAAGGGGAAAAAUCCAUCCAAUUAUAUUAUAUAUGCAUUGUUAGGAAAUCCUAAAUCUGAGCAUGAAGGUCUAUGGCACUUAAUUGAAAAUAAAGAGAAAAUGUAAUAGGAAGGUUCCGAUCAUCCUGGUCAUGCUAAGGGUCUCAUAGUAGUGAAUCUUGGUAGAGUAAACUUGUGUUUUAUUCUUAAAGAUUGUUCUUUAGAAGUCAUUAAUACCUUCUCUUUACAGGAUGUAAACAUUGUUGUCUUUGAAAGAAUGCCUCAGGUCCUAGAUUGCAGUCUAGCUAAACCAGGAUCCACAUUUCACUAAGAUCCUCAUUGCUAAAAUGUGAUCCACUACAUAGCUAAACAAUCACAAUGCUGAAGGCGUAAUUAUACAAAUCACUAAAAAUCUCUCAUGCUUUAUUUCUGUUCUCAGACUUCUCCGAGUCCAGUUAGACUUUUUAUUAAGUUAAAUAUUUUGAUUAAUAGUUAUUAAAAAAUUUUGUGGAACUACAGAAGUCCAGAUAUUAUAGCUAUUUAUUGUCCUAUCUAUACCUGAUAGAACAGGGGACAUUUUUUCAAGGACAAGGCACAUGGACACCAUUUAAAUAAAUAUGGGUGGGCAAAAAUGCAGGAAAUAGUAUUUAAGUAAAAGAACAGGAAUUAUGUCAAAAUUGCACUCAGUUAAAUAUAAAAGUUAAAAUUCUAGUUCAGAGAAAGUAAAAAAAUAUUGACAUUUCAUUCCAAAAAAACAUGAAGCUUUGUCUUGGAUUGUUUUGGAUUGGUUAUUUAACGUUAGCAUUAACAACAACAACAAAAAAAAAAACAACAACAACAAAAAAAAAAACUAGCUAGCAUAUUUACAACAAAUAAAGCUAACACACCUCAACAUACUUUUUUAGAUUUGUAUAAGACUGAUGCUCUAGUAGGGACAUGGAUACUAAUUGUCUCAAACUUUGUUGUUUAUUUUUGUUAAAGGUGAAAUUAAAAAGGAAUCAGGCAUAUGUUUUGCAUUCAUUAAUGGUUAAUUAAUUAAAGCAUUGUGCUCUUUCAGAUGACAUUUGAGUGAAUUUCUUUACUGUUUGAAUUAGAAAUAUCUCAUAACAUUUAAGAUGUAGUUAACAGGUAUCUUUACUUUAGCACAAAUGUUUAUUCUCAACACUGCUUCAGGUUGAACCUCUCACUCUCCUAGGCUUGGAGUGCCCUCUGGUGGCCACAAGAACUAUAGCAACAUUUUAUAUUGUAUACGUGCAUGUGGGUGAAAAUUGAUAAGGUAGAAAUCCAACAUGUAGCAGGCAGACAUUUACAAUCAUCAAUCACAGAGAUCUGUCUAAAAUGGACCACUUUCAGUGGCUUGAAAAGUGGUGCUGGAGGAAGGUGAAAAUGAGAAGGCUCACCUUAAGAAAAUGUCUGGUUAGCCAUGAAGUUCAAUGGAUGUUCUUUAUUCGAUUAAUGUUCUUAGCUGAACAGGGAGUGGGUGUACAAUAAUAAUCACAGUUUCACAUUUGUGAAUAUAUACUUCUAAUCACAUUUACUUCUAAAACAAAUGAUUCCUUAAAAGCUCUGGAACAACUCUCCACAAUUCUAUUAUUAACAUGGAACAAAUUGCUGACGUACACUGUAGGUAAACUCUCAGUAAACAGGAACUUGCAGGUAGCAACCAAAAUUGUGAGCGAGUAACUGAAGAGAUGUUACACCACAUGUGCCAUUGAUCUGAGGAAUCAUUUGAACAGAUUGUUGUUUUACAGCAUCAUACCUUGUUGCUGAAAUCAUUAAUGCACAUGAGAACUCCAGUCCAUUCAUGAAUGCAAAAAAUGAUCACUUGUUGCCUAUCCACUCAUAAUGUGAACGUAGGGUUGACUCAGUAAUCAACCACUUGCCUCAGGCAGGAUAUCAGAGUGUGGCUCCAAGCUGUCAUCUUAUUUACUACAUUUGGCAGACGCCUUUAUCCAGAGUGAGAUACAAAAGUGCUUUAAAUACAUCACUAAUGGUUCACUAGACUACAGACUAAGAAUACCAUAAAUCUUAAACUCUGUUUGGAGGUAAUAUAGCACAUAUAUAAACAAUUUUUUGCCCUAACAAAAAAAAAAAAAAAUAGUGCUUGUUUAAAUAUGUAAGGAAGCAGUACGUUGUUUGAAAACAGCCAGUGCCUCAACAGUUCUGAUAUCGAUGUAACGUUCGUUCCACUAAAUAGGAGCCAGAAAAGAGAAGAGUCUUGACGUAUAUUUACCCUGAGUGAUGGUGGGACCAGUCAAGCAGUUCUAGAGGAUCUAAGAGAGCGAGGUUCAGUGCAAGGAGUGGUAAGAGGGUGCUGGUCCAUUUUUGGUUUUGUAGGCAAGCAUCAGUGUUUUGAAUCUGAUGUGUGCAGCUAAUGGAAGACAGUGGACAGAACACAACAAUGGGGUGGUGUGUGAGAAAUUUGUGAAGUUAAAAACAAGUCAUGCUGCUGCAUUUUGAAUGAUUUUCAGAGGGUGAAUUGUGCUCAGGGAUAGACGUGUCAGCAGGGAGUAUCAGUAGUCCAGUCUUGAAGUGAUAGGAGUCUGAAAAAGCACUUGAGUGGCCUAAAAAGUCACCCUCCUAGAGGAAGAAAACAAGAGGACCAUAUACUGAGCCUUGUGUCACACAACUGGAGAGUUUGCAGAUGUCCAUGAUAUCAGCCACUAUCCAUGUAGGAAGCAAACCUUGCCAUGCUGACAUGCGCUGCUAAAAGGUCAAGGAGGAUCAGGAUAGAUGACAGUUGUCUGAUCUAGCAGCUGUUGAUUGAUCUAGCACUAAUUUCUUAGGUUGUCCUCUGAGACAGAGUGAAAUUGUUGAUUGUAACAGACUGUACAAAAGGAUUUAGAAUAAAAAGAGUGAAUUGAUACAGCUCUAUGGCUGCUGAUGUCUAAGGGAUGCAGAGCGGGUUUUUUCAGUAUGGCAAUAAUCCUUGCUCUCUUGAAGGUAUUUGGUUCAUGACCAGAUAUUAUGGAACAGUUGAUGACUGUAGUGAUGAAAGUCCGGAGGUCUUGUGAGAUGGACUGGAGCAUUGUUAAAGGCAUUGGUUCAGUGGGCAGGUGGUAGGAUUGCCAGACAGAAUGACUUAGGAUCUCCUCUGUUGCUAGGGCUGAAACAGUGACGGUAAUCAGACAGUAAAGGAGAAAGAGAAUCAUGCCUGUGUAACGUAGGAGUAGUCAGAGAAGAACUGAGAGUCUUUUUCAGAAAGAUUUUCUCAUCGUAAAUGUAGGGGGUCUUUAGCAGUCAGGGUGGAUGAAGCAGGGGGAGUUAGGGGGUUGGGUAGAGCAUAAAAGAUAUUGUGGAGCUUCUGAGGAUCUUGUGCAGAAGCUUCAAAGUUUUCCUCAUGGAAAGCCUUAAAAGAUUUCCUUGUCACCAGGUCUAAAACUCACAAAUAAGGCUGGUGGUUGUUUAUUUAUGCAUUCAAGAGUCUCCGAGCGCAGUGAUAAAGCAUGUGAUUAGAAGUUAAUCUUGAAAUCUUUUCCAAUCUUCAACUUUCCAUUUUGGGUGAGUCUGUACCCAUGAUAGUCUCAGAUUCCUGUUGUUGGCUCACUGGAGAGGAACGUGAUGUGUUCUUCUCCUGUUGUAGCCCAUUAACCUCAAGGUUUGAUGUGCUGCGCAUGUUGAGAUGCUUUUCUGCUCACCAUAGUUGUACAGAGGGAUUACUUGAGUUCCUUUCUGGCAGCUCAGACCAGUCUGGUCACCUCAUCUGGUCUCUGACAUCAACUACAUGUUUCAGCCUGCAGCUGCUCACAGGAUGUUUCUUGUUUUAAAAUAUUCUGUGUAAACCAUUAUGUUUGAAAUUCCCAGGAGACCCCUAGUUUAAAAAAAUAGACCAGUCCAUCUGACACCAAUCAACCAUGCCAUAGUUAAUUUCACAGAGAUCACACCCUUUUUCACAUUAACAUUAACUGAAGCUCUGGACCUGCAUGUGUGCUGCCACAUGAUUGGAUGAUUAGAUAGUUCUAUAAAUAAGCUAUAAAGUGACCAGUGAGUAUAUUAAACCAUUGAUGAUACAUAUACAUAUAAUAUAUUUAGAAACAUUUCCUAAAAUCUUAGUAAUGUUAGAUGUGCACUUUGCAGAAUUAACAGAUAACAAACCUCAAAUAAGUAAAGAAUUAAAACACAAGGCAUUACCUUGACUCACUACUAUGAGAAAGCACACAAAACCUUUUUCCUAAAGAAAUUAUUUGAUUCAGUUUGCUAUCUUCAGUAAGAAGAGUGUGAAAUGAAAAUUCUCAACUAUCAACUUUAAUCUAAUUUAGGCUUUUGUGGUGUAAUCUCUUUUUUUAAUGAUGUUUAAAUGUUCUAUCUGUCUCUUAUCCCAACUGCACUGAAAGAGUUUGUUUAUAGACACAAUGUAUUUGUGUGUUUUUUUUCUGAAUAUGUAAAUGAUCAAUGUUUAUAAACCAUGUAACAUUUACUCAAGAUGUAAAUAAGUUCUUAUUUCUAUUGUGUAAGGUAUCAAGUGUGUAUGAAAUAUUUAGAUAAAACAAAGUGACUAUGUUUUUUACGCUACUUUGCCAAACAAAUAAUGUUCAGACAUAUCUAAUAAAAUAGACAAACCAGGAAAAUGUGUGUUUAAUUCAUUUUUCACCUGGACAGUUUUAAUCUAAUCAAAUCAUCUGUGUAAAUAAAUCUAACUGGGAUAUAUAAGUGUUCACAGUAACAUUAUUAUAGAAAUAUUACAU